UUCCGGUGGAGGAGAGCUGUGGCUGGGCUUGCUGGGAUCAUGGCGGAGAAUCACUGCGAGCUUCUGCAGCCGGCCCCAGGCAGUUUCGGGGUGGGGUUGGGGGGCACCCUGUGCCGGCGCUGCAACGCGGGGCUCGGCGCCUUGUCCCAGCGACCCGGAAACGUGUCCAAGUGGGUCCGGCUCAACGUCGGCGGCACGUACUUUCUCACCACCCGGCAGACGCUGUGCCGGGAUCCGAAAUCUUUCCUGUACCGUUUGUGCCAGGCCGACCCCGACCUGGACUCAGAUAAGGAUGAAACAGGUGCCUAUUUAAUCGACAGAGAUCCCACCUAUUUUGGGCCUGUGCUGAAUUACCUGAGACAUGGAAAGCUGGUCAUUAACAAAGACCUCGCAGAAGAAGGAGUAUUGGAAGAAGCAGAAUUUUAUAAUAUCACCUCACUAAUAAAACUGGUUAAGGACAAAAUUAGAGAACGAGACAGUAAAACAUCACAGGUGCCGGUGAAACACGUGUACCGUGUGCUUCAGUGUCAGGAGGAAGAGCUCACACAAAUGGUGUCCACCAUGUCUGAUGGCUGGAAGUUUGAACAGCUGGUCAGCAUCGGCUCUUCCUACAACUAUGGCAGUGAAGACCAGGCCGAGUUCCUCUGUGUGGUCUCCAAGGAGCUACACAACUCCCCCUAUGGUACGACCAGCGAGCCCAGCGAGAAAGCCAAGAGUGAUGAGGAGGAGACGGGUCAUGAUGGGAGUGACUCAGAUUAAAUGUAAAUGUCCUGAUUUUGCAAGAACGAGGUUCAAGGAUGUGAGGAACACAGUGUUGACAGCUGAAGAGACAUUUUACUUUUUCCAAGAUGCAACGAACUGCCAUGUUGAGGAAGCUCGGCCAUGAGAAGAAACCUGCUUUUAACAAUUUCUAUAGAGAUCUGGGUGUGAAUCCUUUUUUUGCCUCUGAGGUGGGUGGUGAGAGACAUGACCAGCUGUCUAAGGCCAGGCAUCCCCCACUAGGAGGAAGCGUGCUGGCCAGGAGGGCAUUCCUAUAGGGGCCUCCGCUGGUUUUUCCAAGUGCCACACAGGCCUGAGGCAGGAUGCUCCUGACCGACCCCUUUAAUCACCGGAGACCAUUUAAAGGAUAGCGUUCUUGGUGCUACAUAAACUGUCUGAAAUGGGCCCAGGGCCUUGCUGGUAGGGAGCGGACGCAGUGCGGUGGCCCUGGCCUCUGGGCGGCUGCUGGUCACCCACACCGCACCAAGCUCUGGUUCUCGGGUCAGAGUCCUGCCCAGGUGUGGCUGGUUGGUGGUUUCUCACAGCCUUGAGCAGCUUUUGACAGAGCGGCCUCCAGGUGUUCACUGCUUCCCCGGGGCCCUGCCCUAAGGCUGGGCCGGCUCCAGAGCCUUGCUCCCCUGGCCUGGUCUGGCCUGGCUGGAACAGUCAAGGCUUCUCCACUUGUAUUUUCCAGGCGAGAGACUUCUGCAUCUCUUAUUUCCCAGUGUGGAUAGACGUUCCCAAUGUUUUUACUUUCUAGAAAUGCCUAAAAGUGUUGCUGCAUUUUGGAUUGAUCUGUUGUCACUUAAAGGGAGGUGGGAAUUGCGACUUGUUCAUCCCGCCCACGGCUCAUGCGGAACCUGGCGCUCAUCAGCGCGUUUGUCUCGCCGGGGGCGGAGGUGUGAGUGGGAGGCCUGUCCAUCUGGCUGCCAGAGCUGAAACUCCAGGUCACGUUGAAAAUCGGAUGUUUACAGCGCAUCACAAAUAUUUCUCUUUCUUGCUGGCUCUUUCGUUUCUUUGUAUAACUAUGCAGUUCUCUCUGACAUUUCCGGGAUAUUUGAGACUUCACCUGUGGGCUCUGCCCACCUGAUGUGACAUUGGAGUUACCAGGCUUCCUCUGAAACCCACCGUCCACAUGCUUUGAGAACAGACCUUUCCGAGCUGGUUGUGGGGACUGCCAGAUACCGGGGAGCCUGGCUUGGACGAGCAGCUCUCUGUUUCCUGACUGUGGGCCUCCCAGGGGAGCUGCACGCCCUGGCCCGGGGGCUGCUGACACGUCGGGCACAGGCUCAGACACGUCCAGUUUCAAAUGCUUCCGGAGGCAUCUCACCUGUGCCCUCUUCUCCUUUGCCAAUAAAUAACCUGAUUAACCAAGUUCUUCAGCACCUAGGACUUACCUACUCCUUUGUGUAAGGCCUGUUGUAUGUUGUCCAAUGUUUGGCUUCAGCCAUUUAGAGCGACUUUUCUGUGGGGCGCAUGUCGCUCUCGGUGACCUGUUCUCCUCACGGGGCCUCGGGUGGAGGGUAGCCCUUGCUGGACUCCGGGUGUUCCUGUGAGGCGCUGCUGGUUGCUUAUUGUCAUUUAAUUUGUGACCUUGACAUUUUAGAUAGGCUUUUUUUUUUAAUUUAAAGAUAUUAAGACUUAAUUCACUAAAAUUUAUUCUAAGGGGAUAUUUAUACUUUUAUACUUUUUUAGGUAUCCGUAUUUUAUCAGCUUACAGUUUAAUGCCUAAGUUUCCCCUGAAAAUAGCAAAUAAAAUUGUGUAUUUAUGAAUGA